GCUGCUGUCGUCUUCCUGGGGGGAUUGAAUUUUCUUUACGCGGACGGCUCUCUUCUAUCCACUUUUUUUUUUUUUUUUAACCCACUCAUUUGCCCCAAACCACCCCCCCACUACCCCUCUCACCGGUCCAGUCGGUGUUGGGCGGGGGACUUGAGGGGGAGAGGAGUGGCGAGCGGUAUUCAGUCACCGGUGACAGCAAAAAGCUCAUCCCCAAUGAGGUCCCGCCGGAAAAUCAAGCCGGCCGGCGGCUGACGCGCCAAGACCGCAUCAAAACGCGCCAAGGGGAUGUUUUUUAACCCUCUCAUCGCGGUCUGAAUAUCACCGAGUUUACUCGAAUAUUUUUCUGUUCAUACGGCGCUGACUGGAUGAUGGAGAAGAGGAAGUUACUUUGUCUCAUACUGAUUCUACUGCAAUGUCACGUACGACUACUCGACUCGUACAACGUGCCCUGUGCUUUCAACACGAUGUGUCUAUGCUGGAUACAGGAUGACGAGGAGUUUACGAAAAUGGACAUCAGUUGUCUCGGUGUACCGUUUGCACGUUUUCCAGACGUGUCGGUGAGUUAUGUGGCCCAGCUGGACAUCGUGAGCUCGGGAAUGCAGGUCUUGGAGAACGAUGCUCUGGUGAGUUCCUCGGGGGUUGAGGCGCUCGGGCUCAUGAGCAAUCGUCUUGCGAGCAUCGGUGAGAAGUCUCUCGUGGGUGUUGCCGGUAGCCUGCGCUCACUCGAUCUCAGCUACAACUCACUGGAGGACAUACCCUUCAAGGCACUCAGACCACUCAGAAAGCUGACGUGGUUGAAUAUGCACAGCAAUCACCUGACAAGCCUCGAGGGCGAUUGGGGCCACGUGUCGGAGACACUGACGAACGGCUUCUUCGGCGAGAAUAGCAUCGUGGAGAUCCCCAGGGUAUUCUCCAACUUCGUGAAUCUAGUCUGGCUGAAUCUGGACGGCAAUGACAUACAGGAAAUACCAUCAUCAUCGCUACCCCCCAACAUACGCACAAUGAGCCUAAACAACAAUUUAUUAUCGUCAUUUCCACUGAGCGUUGGCGAUUUACCGGCUAUAACGUGGCUGUAUCUUCGUGGUAAUUCAAUGAGAAUUCUCGAUCUACCGGAGCUGAGGAGUCCAGUGCUGGAAUUGCUGGACGUAUCGGAGAAUCUCAUCGAAUCGGUGAGAUUUCUCACGUCAUCCAAUGCAACACUGCACAUCAAAGACCUGAAUAUAUCGAGCAAUAAGCUGUCAGUGAUACCGGCAGGUGCAUUUCAGUACGUGGUAACACGGCGAAUGCAUUUGUCAUCCAACAAUAUCAGCUACAUCGACGACGAGGCAUUUCGAGGAUUGGAGAAUACUCUAGAAUACUUGAAUAUCGAGAACAAUGGCCUGACGAAUGUACCAAGUGCACUUGGAAUGUUGAAAAAAAUUGUUUACCUGUACCUGAGUAACAACGAUAUAUACAACAUCACGACUGAUGCCUUUGGCGCGUUUGGGGGAAGUCUGAAGGGCCUGUCAUUGUCCAACAAUCAUCUUGCCUCGCUGCCGGUUGGUGCACUCGCUAAUUGUGGAAGACUUCAGCACCUGAAUCUCGGGUACAACAGGAUAACCCACGUCUUCCCCGGGGACUUCGAGUGGGCGAAGAAUCUUGAAAUACUUCUUCUCCGAAAUAAUGUCAUAGCGAAACUCAAAUCAGGGACUUUUAAAGGAGCUGGCAAACUGAAGGAGCUCAGUCUGUCGUUCAAUCAAUUGGCGGAAUUGGACAGUCGGGCUUUUAUGGGGAUAGAGGAGAGCCUGGAAAUUCUGGAGAUGAGCUUUGCCUUCGCCACUGAUGCCCUCCCCAAAGCUGCAUUCGCCAGUUUGAAGAAUCUCCUCUGGCUGGUGCUCGACAACAAUAAUUUUCACGCCAUCGAUUACGACACUUUUUAUACUUUUCGACAAUUGAGGUACAUCAAUCUCGAGUCUAACAGACUGCACUAUCUGCCGGACAAGAUAUUCCAGGCUGAUGUCCAUCAGGAAUUGCGAGAUGUCAAAUUUGGGUAUAAUUUUCUGGAGGCUAUACCCGAGGGAACAUUUCAAAAUCUCACGGAAUUGAGAUCACUCGAUUUAACCGGAAAUAGGAUCCAUUACUUGUCUUCCGGGACAAUUGAUAAUUGUCCGAAAUUGGUUACUGUCUCCCUGGCGUACAAUAGAAUAUCGGUGAUGCAUAAAAGCGCACUUCAUGGAUUGUCAAGUUUGAGAUUUCUACAUCUGGAAUUUAAUGAUCUUACGGCGCUGGAUUUGGAUGCCAUUCUCGAGAGCGGGGGAACUGAGUUCUCACUCAAUGUCUCGUAUAAUUCUAUCGCAGUGAUUAAUUAUGAGUAUGGCCUGGCUAAUCUGACUAGUCUCGAUCUCGCGUGUAAUAAUAUCAGUCAGUUGGCUGGAGAUGUCUACGAUGGCCUGCCAAACCUGAGGAGCCUCGACCUACGGGGGAACUACCUGACCGCUGUUCAUCCUGGUACUUUCGCCCUCCUACACCUGGAAACCCUGAAUUUACGAGACAAUCGUCUGGAGGCCUUGAGAAAACAGGCCUUUCACGGUGCCCCAUCGCUCCAAAUUCUCGAUCUCAGUGGCAACAUUCUAUCCCAAUUAUCAACCGGUCAAUUUCGUAAUCUAAAAAAUCUCCGUAUUCUCGAUCUAUCGAACAAUCGCAUUCGCUCCCUUCCCCGCGAUAUAUUCGAGGGAACUCGAGUUGAAUCACUCGAUCUGAGUGGUAACAGGAUAAGCAUAAUACCAUCACAAGCAUUUCUCGAGAUCGGAUAUACCCUUCGUGACCUCAACCUUGGUGAAAACUUUGUUGAACAUCUUGAUGCCACAACAUUCCCCACAUCUCAACUCAACUCCCUCAACCUUGCCAGUAAUCGACUUACGAUACUUCCGGAUAAUUCGUUUGUAUCACUAUCCAAGUUGUUGAGUUUAAACUUAUCCGCAAAUCAUCUCCAAGCUAAUUUCAAGGAGUUGUUUCACUAUCUGCCAGCGCUGAGGCACCUCUACAUGACAAACUGCGGCUUCAGGAAAAUACCAGUACUCCCACUGACAAGUCUCAACGUACUCGACCUAUCGUUCAACAGUGUAGAGGCUGUGACACCGCUCAAUGUACAGUACUUCGAGUCACUAAAAGUCCUUCACCUCGUGAACAAUUCCUUGAUGGCAGUGCCGGACGUGAGGUUGCCUCUUCUCCGGGAUUUGGAUUUAUCCGGGAAUCCCAUCGAGGAGCUGAACAAAGAUAGUUUCAGCGGUUAUCGGCGGAUUGAAAAGCUCGUGCUGCGUAAACUCAGCCGAAUAAAAUGGGUGAACAACGAUUGCCUUCGUGUACUUCACUAUCUCAAACACUUGAGAAUUCAAACGUGGCCGCAUGCCGAUGGCCUUGACCUACGUAUUUUCCUCGGUGGAUUGCAUCUACGUACCGUUGAGAUAGAGGUCACCGAGCCCAUACUCAAGAAUCAAAUUCACAAUGCAUUCACUCGACGCCUGAGGGAGCUUACAAUAACGGGUCAAGAGCUUGAGGCAAUAUCCCCUGAAGCAUUCUCAACUAUUGAAGGUGGUGAGCUUGUACUCAGGAUCAAGGGCACUCAUGUCCGACGCUUUCAGUCGGAUAUUUUUUUAUCACUUGCGAGGAGAAUGUCACAAUUGACACUCGAUCUUCGAGACAAUCACAUUAAUGAAUUGAGCCCGUCGGUCAUCUACGGUAAUUUAUCGUGGGAGACUGUGGGAACGAAUCUCGUUGCCGGUGGCCUACAAGUUUCGGGGAAUCCCCUCGAGUGUGACUGUGAAAUAGCCUGGUUAAGCCUAUGGCUACGUAGAUGGUUACGUGAAUCCCGUCAGAUUCACACAGCAUCACAGUCGGAUGCCCGACAGUUGAGAAACAUUGCUGGUAGAGCAGUCUGCACUGAAACUACACCAUCUUACUCAUCUGACCGAGUUUUACUCACUCUUGGGACACCGCAUACCGCAUGCCAAGCUUCAGCCCUCAGCUCGGGUCAUUAUCCCCGUUCGACAAAAUCCUCCCUAUUUUUCAUUCUACUUUUUAUUAAAUUCAUCAUCGACUGUACCUAGCUGACACCGGCAAAACCAUUUUUCAACGAAUUUUAAAAUGAAAGUGUGUUGAACCCGAACGAGGGGAGUGGGUAGGAGAGAGGAGACAGUUGUGCAUGAGAAAGAGGUAAAUUGUGAGAGGUGAAAAGAGUGAGAUAAAAAAAAAAAAUAGAAA